UACUCAUCUCCAGACACGCAAGGCAGAAGAGCAUUGCAGCAUGGGCCGUGCAUCGGACUCUGAGACUGGGUCGACCUCGUAUGGUAGUGUGACUCGAGCCACCGCGACAUACUCUGAGGAGUACUCGGAGAUGUCACGCCCGCAGAUGGAGUACGGGCAGGAGUUUGGCAAGUGGCAGGACGUGGCUUUCCUUCUUCUGUUUUGGUUCAUCUUGUGGCGUUUGUAGUUGUGCUCGCGGCGCGAUGGGACGAUACACUGGUGCGGACGGGCAAGGUGACGGGAGCUGCGGCUGACUGGGUGGACUCUGAGCUUUUCGGGAUCUGGCUUGGUGCAGCGGUGAUUGCAUCGUUCUUUGCGGCGGCAUGGAUGGCGUUGUCGCGGGCCGGGGCGGGGAUCAUGAUCCCUGUUUGCAUGGUGGGGUACAUUGUGCUCCUUGUUGCGGUGGCGGUCGUCCUGUUUGCAGCCGGGAUCCUCCUCUACGGCAUCAUGUUUCUAGUCCUGGCUGGCUUGUACGGGUACUUUUUCUACUCGUGGCGCGAUCGGCUCGAGUUCUCCAAGGCGAUGCUGCGGGCGUCGACGACGUGGGUGUUUGGCCAUCCGGCAUCGUUUGCCGUGGCGGCGGCAACGCUUGUGGUGCUUGUGGCGUGGCUUCUGCUGUGGUCUGUGGUGGUGAGCGCGCCGCUGGCCGGUGGCUUCUCGUCGACGGGCGAUUUUGGGCUUGCGGUCUUUCUCCUCCUCUCGCUGUACUGGACGACGCAGGUCAUCCGCAACGUGAUGCACGUUACGGUGUCAGGCGGCGUUGCGGCGUGGUACUUUGCGGCGUCGGCCAAGGGCCCUGGACGGGCCAACUCGCCGCUGGCGUCGUCGCUGAAGCGGGCGAUGACGACGUCGCUUGGCCCGAUCUGCUUUGGCUCGCUGGUGGUGGCCAUCCUCAAGACCAUCCGGUCGCUGGUGCGGUACGCGCUCAACGCGGCCGACUCGCGUGGCUUCCUCGCAUGCGUCAUCAAUAUGAUCCUCUCAUGCAUCGAGUCACUGAUGGAGCUGUUCAACGUGUACGCCUUUACGCAGGUUGCCAUCUACGGCAAGUCGUACAUCCGCGCCGCCAAGGACACCUUUGACCUCAUCAACUCACACGGCGUCUCGGGCAUCAUCAACGAGGUUCUCACCGGACUGGUGUUCUUCUUUGGCGCCAUCGCCGGCGCCCUCGUCUGCGGCGCGUUUUCGGCUCUCUGGGCCACCCGCACCGCCUCAGUCGACGGCGAGUACACGUGGAUCACCGCAGGCAUUGGUGGCCUCAUCAUUGGCUACAUCAUCGUCGCCCACGUCAUGGAGCUGCCGGACUCGUUUGUCGCUGCCCAGUUUGUGCUCCUCGCCGAAGAGCCGGAGCAGCUGCCGCUCGCCGACCCAGCCCUCGCUGAUGCCUACCGGGACUCGUACGGCUUCCUCAUUCCGGCCUCGGCCUUUCGAGCUGCCGAGCGCGCUGCCUCGCGCUCGCGCCGCCGCUAGCGCGCCGGGCAUGGGAAUCUAGGUCGCGCUGUCGUCGGCUGCCUGUGGGAGACAAUGAACAUGUGACCUCUGUCA